AUGCGAGGUACCCUAAACCCGCGAAUCUUGCAGUUUGAUCCUGAGAUAGAAAAGACAGAAAGGAAACUUAGGAAAAACGCAAAAGCAAAGAAAGCGAAGGAAACAAAGGCAUCAACUUUGACGGAACCAAAGGAGGAACCUAUGGCAGAAAAUAAUCAACUCGCUCCAAGGACGUUGGGGGAUUACAUGACCCCAGCUCGAGUCCCACAGACAACAAGCAUUGUUAGACCAAACAUAGAGGCUAACAACUUUGAACUGAAGCCGGCACUGCUACAACUGAUUCAAAAAGAACAAUUCGCUGAAGGAAGCACAGAGAACCCCUAUAGUCAUCUCGAUAACUUCUUACUUUACUGUGAUACAUUAAAAGUAAAUGGAGUUCCUCGUGAUGCUAUCUUACUCAGGCUAUUUCCAUGCUCACUGAAGGAUAAAGCAAGAGAUUGGCUGCAGUCUCUACCUGAAGGAAGCGUAACCAAUUGGGAUGACUUAGCAAGAAAAUUCUUGGCUAGAUUUUUCUCAGCUUCAAAAAUGGCAAGACUCAAGGAGGAGAUCACAGCUUUUGAACAAAAAGAAAGCGAAUCUUUGUACGAGGCCUGGGAACGAUUCAAAGGAUCACUUAGGAAGUGUCCUCAACAUGGAAUUGAAGCAUGGGAGAAGGCAAGAAUCUUUUUCCAAGGGAUGACAUCCAGCACAAGAACACUGGUGAAUGCUGCUGCAGGAGGAUCACUGAAAAUAAAAACUCCAGAGGAAGCGCUAGAGUUGUUGGAAUCUUUAGCGUCUCAAGAAAUUGACAAUGCUCCUGCCCCAGUUGCACCAAGAAGAGCAGGAAUUAUGAAGCUCAAAGAGGCUCAUGCAACUGAAGAUUGUGACUACAUGAGAACAACUGAAAAGCCACCAGCAGAAGUCAAUGGACUCUGGUAUGAUCAGAAGAAUCAGAAUCAACAUCCAGGGUUGAGUCACAAAUCCAAUCAUCAGUUCAAUCCUCCCCUUCCAGUGCAACCAGAUACCCUACAACAAAGUAACACUUCUGAGUGGGAGAAAGCUUUUGCACAGUUACGCAAGACCACUUCUGAUUAUGUUCAAGGUGCAAAUGCUUUCAGAGAGGACACAUCUGCUUUCAUGCAAGAGACUAGAGCAGCACACCGGAAUCAAGAAGCUUCCAUAAGAAAUCUGGAAAUUCAGAUUGGCCAGUUGUCGAAGUAA